UCUGCCCCUCCCACACCCCUAGAUUAGCGAGCACAGUGGGUGGCUCAUCCCACGGGGGGUCACUGUUCCCCCUCCCUAAACGGGGGUUUUGUACCCGCACGGGGUCUGGCAGUGUCUCCCCCCCGCCGGCUUAAUCCCGGCUUUCACCCCCCACCACCGAUUUUUGCCCUUCAGCCCCUCUUCUGCCGCUAGCUACAGUAGCUUGAACCCCCCAGGCCAGUAAAAUUCUGCCCCUUGCUCAGACCCUGACAGCCCCCCGCUGCGAUUUGCCCCCCUUAAUCCUUUUAACCCCCCCCAAAGAGGAGGCAGCAAAUCGUAAGUAGAAGUAAGGGCAGAGGCAACAGCAAAGGUUACUGGGCAUGCUCAGUUUGGGUAAGCAUGCUCAGUACACCCAAAGUAGGGAAUUGGGAGCAGGGGUUGUUUGUGUCGUUUCACCGGAGUGAUUGCAGUGAAUCCACCCGCGCCCUUCGGGCCGAGCGGCGCCCCGGGGGAGCUGGGCAAUGGCAGCAGCAGUGGGAGGCUUCGGCGGCCGCAAGAAACUGGUGGAAAUCUUCUAUGACGUGGUGUCUCCGUAUUCCUGGCUUGGAUUCGAGGUGCUUUGCCGGUACCGGCAACACUGGAGCAUUGAGUUACGUUUUCGUCCUGCUUUCCUUGGAGGCAUAAUGAAGGAGACUGGUAACCAGCCCCCAGCAAUGGUGCCAAAACGUGGGGAAUACAUGAUGAAGGAUAUAAAGAGGAUGGCAAAAUAUUACCAGGUCCCAAUGCAGAUCCCCAAGGAUUUCCUUGGGAGUGUUAUCAGAAAAGGCAGCCUUUCUGCCAUGCGCUUUAUCACAGCCGUGGAUAUGACACAGCCACAGUUCCUGGAGCCUGUGUCCAGAGAGCUUUGGAUGCGCAUCUGGUUCCGGGAUGAAGAUAUCACCCAACCAGAGAGUAUAUUGGCAGCUGCUGAGGAGGCUGGGCUACCCUCAGUGCUGGCCCAGAAGCUACUGGCAAUGACCUCGACCCCUGAGGUGAAGAAUCGUCUGAAGGAGACAACAGAGGAGGCACUGAAAUAUGGGGCAUUUGGAAUGCCAGCAGUUGUGGCCCAUGUUAAUGGUGAAGCUCACCUCUUCUUUGGCUCUGAUCGUUUAGAGCUACUGGGCAAUGUUAUAGAUCAUUGAUCAAAAUAUUAAAUCGUAUUAGACCAAGAACUGAUCCCUGAAGGAGCCCAGUGAAGGCACCCCAAGUACUUAAGUCUCAGUUAGUAACUACAUGUUGAAACCUGUCAGUUACCCAGCUUUUAACCCAUUGAGCCAUAUUGAUUUUGAAUAGCACUCAUGUUUGAAUCAGAAUAUCAGGUGGUAUUAAUUCAAAUGUCUUGCAUCUCCACAGAGUUACCUUUAUCUACCAGACUUGAAAUCAUUUCAAAGAAUUAUAUAAAAUUUGUUUGACAGGAUGCUCCAUUAUUUUUGCCUGGGCUUUGUUAGGCUGAGUAGCCCUUAAUUAUCCAGGUCAUCCUAUUUACCCUUUUUAAGUAUUGGUCUGACAGUGGCUUUCUUCCACUUCUGUCCCUUUCUAGUUUUCCUAGGGUUCUUAAAAAUUAACGUCAGUGGACCAAAGAGCGCCUUGAUAAGCUCUUAUAAAACUCUUGGUUGCAAAUCAUCCAGAUCAGCUGAUUUUACGUUUCACAUUAGUAGAAGUUGUGUAACAUCCUCCUUAGUUACCACUGUAAAAGAAGGCAUGCUUGUCUGAUUAACUCCACUUCGGUGGCAAAUGCUCCUUUUCCCCAUGCCAGCCCCCUCCCCGGUGAUGAGGUUACAUGUUGAGCUCUCUCUCUGCUGGCAGAAUGUCUGGAGACUGACAACCAGAUGCUCAGCUGCUGUAAAUGGUGCAGCUACACACUAUGGGGUAAAUCCCCAGCUAAAGAUCCAGCCUUUUAUUAAAAAUAAAUAAAUAGAAGCCUU